AUGCCUCCUACAAACCAAUUCCAAGAUUCGGAUGAAAGCUGGUCAACUUCAUCCGUUGAAGAACGAUUAGAACUUUCGCAAAAUAAACGAGCUGGAAAGAGGGGUAAAAUUUCCAUUAUUGCCUGUGACAGGUGUCGACAUAUGAAAAAGAAAUGCACAGGUGGAGAUUUUGUGAGCAAAAAACCUUGCUUAUAUUGCUCAAAAAAUGGUGGAAAAUGCGUAUAUACAGAUCUAAGAAGACGACGAACUGCGAAUGUUCAAGAUUUCCAACAAUUUAUUGACAGAUUGAUGGUUAUUGAAGAUCAAUUGAAAAAUUUAAUAAGUGAUCUUAAAGAAUUCUUUGAAUCAACAAAAAAUCAAGAAGAACCUGAAUUUUUUGGUGAUGAAUUCAGAUUCGAAAUCAUGAAUUUUUGUAAUAAGUCUUCAUAUGAUUUCGAAGACCAAAAAUCCUUAGAAGAUCCUUCAAAUCCUUCGUCGGCUUUACUUUCUGAACCAAAAGAACAAUCUGACGACGAAGGCAUAUCUGAAAACUUUCAGUUUCAACCACCAACUCCUCCUAUACCAACUCCUCCUAUAAACCAAUAUGAUCAAAAUCCAAUGAUAGCUGAUGGUAACAGCUUCUGCUUCAAUAAUUUAAAUUUGCAGGCUGAACCUCAAAUACCACCUUUCUCUUCAGAAUAUUUGGCGUGCGACAAUGUUAAUGAUUUCUUUCUAAACAAUACUGAAUUUAACUUCGAAAGUCCACUAUUUUUUAAUAUGUAG